CACCCCCAUCCUUUGUGCAGCGGGCGGAGCGCGGAGAGGGGGAGGGGAGGAAGCCGCCGGGCCUCUGGCUUCUUCCUCUUCCUCCGCGGGGAGGCAGGGCCGCUGGCCGGCCGGGCCGGGACACGGGCCAUGUUCGAGCAGCCCCUCUCCCCGGAGCAGCCCCAGCAGCUCUCCGUCCUUGCGGAAGCGCAUACUGCUGACCCCCCGGACCUCCCCGGACCUCCCUGCAGAUGCCAUGGUGGAAAAGAGCACAGAAAGCACCCCAGAGCGGGGCCCCUUGUCCACCCCCCUCAACUACCCACUAAGCGCCAGGAGUUUCAUCCGCAACAACAAGAAAGCACAAAGCUGGUAUAGCAUGCUGAGCCCCACGUACAAACAGCGCAAUGAGGAUUUCCGCAGGAUCUUCAAGGGGCUGCCGGAGAGCGAGCGACUGCUUGUGGAUUACUCCUGUGCGCUGCAGCGUGACAUCCUGCUCCAGGGGCGGCUCUACCUGUCUGAGAACUGGCUCUGCUUCUACAGCAACAUCUUCCGCUGGGAGACGGCAAUCUCUGUCCCACUGCGGGAGGUGAAAUGUCUGAAGAAGGAGAAGAUGGCCAAACUGAUUCCCAACGCCAUCCAGGUCUGCACUGCGGCCGACAAGCAUUUCUUCACCUCAUUUGGAGCCCGCGAUCGCUGCUUCAUGCUGAUCUUCCGCCUGUGGCAGAACGCGCUGCUGGAGAAGACACUGUCCCCCCAGGAGCUCUGGCAUAUCGUCCACCAGGGCUAUGGUGCUGAGCUCGGCCUCACCAGCGAGGAUGAUGACUAUGUCUGUCCCGUCCCCACUGACGAGCUCAAUGGCCUGGGGCCAGCCAGGGAGCUCAGUGACAUCAUCGAGCUGAGAGACCUGGCCUUGCCCUGCACUGCUGACCUCAAGGUGGACCCCAGCCCGAAGCUGGCCAGGACAGCUGCCAGUCAGAGCUUCCACUCACUGGCCAGCAGCAGCGAUGGGGCCGCCUCGCUGGCAGAGGACCCCGAGGAGAAUGUGGACAGCCGGGCGGAUGCUGCCUCCAACUGCACAGCAACACUGGGGCUGGAGCCUCCGAAGGCUGCGGCACUGGGGGGGGCCCCCCUGCCUGCCUUGGGGGACCUGCUGCCCCCUGAGGAGCUCCCCACUGACACCAGCAACUCCUCCUCCUCCUCCUCCUCCACACAGGAUGAAGCGGAGGUGGAUGCCUUCUCGGACCUGCCCGGGCGGCUGCUGCUGAACUGCGUCUAUUGCCUGGGGGCUGAGCGGCUGCAGCAGAUGCUCUUCACCGACUCGCUGUUCAUGCAGAGUUUCCUGGGCCAGCGCAAGUUCACAGACGUGACUCUGACCUCAUGGAGCAGCAAGAGCAAGUGCCGCCAGCGCCGCGUCCUCUCCUAUACCAUCCCCCUCAGCAACCCGCUGGGCCCCAAGGCAGCUGCUGUGGUGGAGACACAGACCCUGUUCCGUGCCAGCCCCGAGAGCGGUGCCUAUGUGGUGGACUCGGAGGUGAUCACUCACGGCAUCCCCUACCAGGAUUACUUCUACACCACUCACCGCUACUGCAUCAGCACACUGGCCACAGGCACGGCCCGCCUCAGAGUCUCCUCUGAGAUCCGGUACCGGAAGCAGCCCUGGAACCUGGUGAGAGCCCUGAUUGAAAAGAAUACAUGGAGCGGCGUGGAGGAGUACUUCCAGCACCUGGGGCUGGCACUGGCACGGGCGGAGAAGACGCUGCUGGAGGAGAGUGGCCGCGGGACGGAGCCGCGGGGGCUGCUGGCUGGGCUGCACCGCAGGAAGCGCACGCUGAGCUGGAGGGCCCCCCAUGCUGAGCCUACCCUGGCCACGCUGCCCCCCAGAGAGAUGGGGCCCCGCCCCCUGCACCCCUCCAGCAGCUUGGCAACCCGGCUCUCCCAGCAGCUGGUGGAGCGAAGCCGGGGCCCUACCGUGUCCACCCUCAUCCUCAUCGUUAGCCUGGUGAUCUGUGUGAGCCUGCUGAUCCUGGUGGUUCUCAACGUGAUGCUGUUAUACCGGCUGUGGGCGCUGGAGCACACAGCCCGCGCCUUCCAGGCUUGGCAGGCCUCCGCACUGGCCCGAGGGAAGCUGCCCCAGACAGCAGGCGAGUGGGCCGAGGUCCUGGAGCUGCAGCGCCGUUUCCAUGGCGCCGAGGUGCGGAAGUGGAGGCAGAUCCUGGAGGCCUCUGUGGAACUGCUGGACGAGAUGAAGGUCUCCCUGGAGAAGCUGCACCAGGGCAUCGUGAUGGCAGAGCCGCCCCCGGAGCCGGGCCAGGCUGAUGCUGUCUCCUGAGGCUGCGCUGGCCACCAGGGGCCACGGGAGACUGACCUGGAUCUGAGAGUGCAGCCGGGUCAGCGCCGCCCGGACGCCCCUCGUCGGCCGGCUCCCUCGGCCGGGUCAGCGCCGCCCGGACGCCCCUCGUCGGCCGGCUCAGUGUUGCCCCGUCCUUGGCUGGUGGACACCUCCCAGGGUCUGCUUCUCCUGCUGGGUCAGCAGCACCCAGCCAUUGGCUGGCGUCGGCCCUGGCUUGGGCUGCUCCGCUCUCCUGCCACCCCCUGGCUGAGCAGGUCUCUGUGGGGACAGCUAGGUGGAGGCUGCACCGUGGGACACAUGGAGGAUCCGCUGGGGGCCGGCUCUGCCCCCCGUGAUCCGCCCGCUGGCUGCAGCCCAGGACAACGGUGGCUGGACUGUGGCUGCCAGCUGGGUCCAGCCCCCCAUGUCUGCUGGCUGGGAGCCUGUUGUGACCUGGGGGGAACCCAGCCAGUCUGGGCUGGGAAUUGACUUUCUAGGUGGUCUAGCUGCAUGGUGUUACUGUGAGGAGUGGCCAGGGCCGUUCCCCCAUCCCCUUACCUUGGAGCCAGGACUCCUGGGUCCUCUCUGCGCUGGAGCAGGGGCACUUUUGGGGCAGGCUCCGUGCGCUGCAGGGGGCACUGCCCAUGUCUCUGCCCCCUUCCCAAACACUCGAUUCCUGGAGGGCUCGGUGCCCACCAGGCAUUGGGUUGUUGUCUCCCGGCCUGGGCCUCUUGCCCUUCGCCGUUGCUGGGGGGGAAGGGACUGUGUGUGUGCGUGAGUACCCCCACCAGCCUGCACGCUGUCUGCUCCCUCCUAUCCUCAGUGUUAUGGGGCUCUGGCCCCACCCCACUAUUUAUUAGCUGAUUAAAGAGAGUGGCUGGGACAGUGCCACCCAAGACGA